UCAAAAUUUAUUUUUGUGGUAAUCAGGUAAUUAGUAUUUUGCCACAAAUGCGGCUGAUUGAGCUCAACUUUUAUUGAACCCGGAAUAUUCCUUUAAGCGUGUAAGGACCAACCUCUUACAUAUCCGACAUAAUCAUGCAAGCAUAUUAAACCAAGUUGCAACCUGUUUCACAGAUAGUUAAAAGAAUCGUAUAGUGAAAAGAAUUGUAUAGUGAAAAGAAUCGUAUAGUGAAAAGAAUCGUAUAGUGAAAAGAAUCGUAUAGUGAAAAGAAUUGUAUAGUGAAAGCCACAUUUCUUUCUGUCACACAUGAUCACUUCCACCCUCGUCUCACCCGUAAGGUAACGCAGCAUUGAAAGCGUGGGAGAUCCAUAUCUCAAUACAGUGACUACUUCAUCCGGUACGUACAAGUGCAUUUCCAGUCUGAGACUGCGGUUAACUCAGUAUCUAGUGGAGCAGGCAUGGAGAUGGCGCGCACCGCCAGAGCGCAUUUUGUCUGGACAUCCAUAGCAUCCAUAGUCGUUAUUUUAAUUGCGUCAUGCUUGACAUAUGUUUUCCUUUCUAAGAUGACUGAAUGCCAAAGAGUUAACAUCGUCAGUGCCACUGAGAAUAUGUUCAAGCAUCAACCCUCUCGAGAACACUGGCUUCUAAAAGCUUAUAGCUGCAGUCAGGCAGAUGGCCGUUUGAUGUGGGAGAAUGAGUGGGAGGGACACAGGAAUGAGAGUGAAAGUAUUCAGGAUCACACCGGCAAGUGGAUUGUCAUACAAGAGAGCGGCGUUUACCUGGUCUACAUACAGGUCAACUUUAAGUUAAAGACUCACAGUAACAGCAGCUCUCCAACUUCAGUAGAGCUCAAACUUCUGGUGGAUCUCAACUAUGGUGAGAGCACGCAGAUGUUUGCUGCCGCACAUGACACUCAGAUGGUGAAUGCCAACACGGUGCAAGAUGCAAAGCUCAACACUUUCCUUCUGAUGAACAUGAAAUCAACAAACCAGUUAUCAGUGCGAGCAUUUCCAAGUGAUAUGGUGAACAUCGACUCACGACCUUUCUCCACCUAUAUCACUAUCCUAAAAUGGUCAGACAGCUGGUAGACUUGAGAUCAUCCAGCUGUUAGGAUAUGCCCGUUGACACUAACAAUGGUUGCGUAGGAGGUUGUGAUACAUUCUUUGUUGAUUUUAUUUCUUUUGUUUCCUUUUGAAACAUAAAGAUCACAUCUCAUGAUCUUCUCAGAAGUGUGACACGUUAUCUUUCAAGUGAUGUAUGAGUGAGUAUUGUUUCAGUUUUUUUAUGAGACAAAAUGAAAAGGGCAUGAGGUACUGUUGAUGUCUGACUUUGAAGAGACUGUACAGUACGUCCUCAUAAACAACCCGUUCUCACUCCCGAGGUGUCAAAUACUGCCGCUUGUGCAAGAGCCCAGCGCGUCAAUCUACAGACGCCAAAAGCACUCUCUAGCGUCUGUAUCCGACGCACGCGGAGGGCAGUCUCAAAGGGAGGCGUCACUGCGGUGUGUUUAACCGCAAUGUUUCAUUAUACUUAUAUAUUAAGCACCCGACCCCACCCAUAUGCCAAAACCUAACCAAUUCUCAACAAUAUUAAAGACAUAACAAGCAGAUCAAAGUACAGUCACAAUCAUUUAUUUAAAAUAAAAAUGAUACAAAAGCACUAUAAUAGUUCCAAACCAUACGAUAGGAUUGUGUGAGGAACAGAGUGAACCCGAAGAUUUUAAUCGCUGAAAAUCUCACUCUCUGUGUAGGCAGCGCCCUAUACCGGUCACGCAUCUCAUUCAAAAGAUACAUCUGAACUAGUGCUCAUCGUAAUCGGUCACAAGACACGCGAGAGCCAAUGGUGCGUGACGUCGCGCUGACGCCUUCUUGUGGCGGCGAUUUUUGAAUUUGUUACUAGAACGAGUCGAGAGCUGAAAUGUGUAACGGCGGACACCGGGGGACCGCGAAAUAAAAACGUACAUUUGGGUCUGUUCUUCACACAGAGAGAUCGGAAUGCAUGGAAUACACCCGGAACUGAACAGGUCACUUCACAGAAUGUGUAGCGGAGCGCGGGGCAUAAACUAACGCGGGGCUAGUUGUUGUAACACACAUGGUUUAAACGUUUCCACACACGCUGGUAAGACGAAACUUCAUUUGUUUACUUGUUGCCGUAUCAACACUGUGUAGAUAAAAAAAAAAAAUCAAAAAACUUUGGAAGACAUCGCCAAAAGUUCAUUUUAAAGUAGCAAAAGUAAAGAUUCACAUGAAAGUAAAUUUUCAUCUCUGUUUUUACAUUUAGCUAGCAUCUUACAUAGUCUUUUAGUGACUAGCCAGGUUUAAAUUCCAGUUGCGCCGACUGGGCACGUUGUAACACUGCGUUACAAUGUGCCCCAAUUACAAAAAAAAAAAAAAAAAAAAAAACCUAUAUGCAAUUCCAUGCAGUCAGAUAUGUAAUUUACAUAAUUCCUCUUAAUGCGGGUGGGUGUGUGUGUGUGUGUGUGUCAUCAAUCCAUGUAUUCUUUGGGUCAAUGUUGUGGCUUUAUGUAUUUAUUGUCAAGUGUCAAUUAUUGCUAUAUUAUAUAUGACAAAGUUAUAAAUGGCUUUUAUUGACAUGAAAAUUUAGUUUAUCUUCUAGGCUUUUUAAUUAGAUCAGAUACAGUUGUUAGAGGGGGAUUUUAAGCUGUUAUAUGGUCUUGUUACAAUGUGCCCCA